UGGAGAAGAGAGGAAAGAUAAGGACAUGGCGAUGAAGAUGGAGGGAGCUUUGCCAUAUGUGGGAAUGAUUUCAAACCAGUUCGCUCAAGUAGGGUUGAUGAUUGUAGGCAAAGCCGCCAUGUCCAGCGGAAUGACCAAUUUCACCUUCGUCUUCUACUCCAAUCUUCUGGCUGCCCUCCUGCUCUUCCUCCCUGCUUUCCUCUUCCAAGGGUCAACUCGCCCACCUCUCUCCUUUUCACUCAUCUGUGGGUUUUUCUUGCUUGGAAUUCUUGGAUGCACAGCACAACUUACUGGGUAUACUGGAAUUAACUACACUUCAGCAUCUUUUGCCUCUGCAAUGCUCAACCUGAUUCCAGGUUUUACUUUUCUACUUGCCAUCACUUUCAGAAUGGAGAAACUGGAUCUUGCCAGCUCAAGUACCAUGGCAAAAGGUAUCGGGACAAUUGUCUCAAUUAUUGGAGCAUUUAUUGCUACUCUCUGUAAGGGACCACAAAAUUUGACAAUGUCAGCAUCUACAAGGUCCAACUUUCGUCAUCUAUAUUUACCCCAAUUAGACUUGACCUGGAUUAUUGGAGCAGCAUUCCUAUUAGUUGACUGCUUGGCUUCGUCUGCUUUUCUAGUUGCACAGGCAUCCAUUCUUAAGAUUUACCCAGUAGAGCUGGUCGUGGUCUUCUUUUACUUCCUCUUUACGGCCAUUCUCUCUGCACUUGUUUCGCUAAUUGUGGACAGGGACAUCAAUGCUUGGAUGCUAACACCUGAUAUGAGGUGGCUUGCUGUCAUAUACUCGGGGGUUUUUGGCUCUGCAUUCCAAGUCAGUGUAGUUGUCUGGUGCAUACGCAAGAAAGGGCCUCUUUUUGUUGCUGUGUUUCAUCCAUUAGGGAUUGUAAUUGCUGCUGCGCUGGGCAUCAUUUUUUUAGGGGACAUUUUCUAUGUUGGAAGUUUGGUGGGAUGGACUAUAAUUGUUAUCGGAUUCUACUGUGUGAUGUGGGGAAAAUCAAAGGAAAUGAGGGUGGCCAAUGACAACUUGGCAGUAAACAUUGAGUCCCGAGGUGAUAAGGCUCCUCUACUAGAAAAUGGAGAUGGGGAGGCUGAAAUUUAAUGCCAAAGAUCAGCAGACAUGUCUGACACAACUUACAGCGCAGGUAUGUUUUUCUUAAAUAUGCAGGGACUAUUGCAUAUUUAAGGUUCAUUGUGUCUUUUGAUCCCUAUACCCUACUCUUCUGGGAUGCAACUGGGUUGUUGUUUCUUUUUAUCAUGGAUGCGUAGCCGAGAGUAAAGGGAUACUUUAGAGUGAAGGGAUACUUUAGAAUAUAAAAAUCCUUCCUGGGCCUACAACCGCGAGUUUGAGCUUUUGGUUGAGUUGGUUUCUUAACAUAUACGAUAAAUCAAUAAGCACAAACUUU